AUGGAGACAUCAACGAAGAGCUCGUCACCCCACAAUGGAAUUGCUGACUUCUUCGCCCCUGACGUCUUCCAGGCCGUCCUGAGUGAUCCUGCCACUGCGAUGCGCCUCAGAUCAUUCUGCGAAUCAAAUGCUUGUGGCGAAACUAUCGCUUUCCUGGAAAAGAUCGAGCAGUAUCGCAGUCUUCUGGCUCAAGCACAAGAGAUGCUGUUGGAUAUCCAUGCUACCUAUACUUCUCCCGAUGCAACCGAACCAGUCAACAUCACCGAGAACAUAUCAAGCGGUCUGGCUCCCGCCAUCGACACUGCGACUACUGUCACAUUCUAUGCGAUGCAGGAUAUAUUCGCCCCUGCCCGAAAACAUGUAGAAGAUCUGAUCCGCGAUGACAUCUAUCCUCGAUUCGUGACACACCAACUAACGACAAGCGCGGCGACCGCGUUGGUCCAUGAUCGGAAGACUUACCAAGGACUCGGUGACUGCUUUUGUCUUACAGAUCCUAGCAUUGCGGAUAACGCAAUACUAUACGCUUCCGAUGGCUUCAUCGAUGUCACAGGCUACAGCCGCCGCGAUAUCAUACCACGUAAUUGUCGCUUCUUACAGGGCGAAAAAACCGACCGUUCAUCUGUGGUUCGUCUGAAGUUAGCUAUCGACAAUGGUCAGGAGACCGUUCAGCUCCUUCUGAAUUACCGAAAGGACGGCACUCCUUUCUGGAACCUUCUGUAUGUCGCUCCUCUUCGUGAUGAGGCCGGAAACAUUGUCUUCUUCCUUGGUGGUCAGAUUGACUGUUCGACAACAAUCCAUGGCAAACCCGACGUGAUGAAGAUUUUGGAGCUGGAUGACAGGAAACUCGGCAACGAUCUGGCAGUAAAAGACUCGUCAGGCUCAACAUACGUACCUCCAAGAGAGCAUUUUAAGAGGCAUCGCCACAUUUUCAAGUCAACUUCGCGAGUGCCUACAGAAGUCAGACAAGGACCGGGCAUGGAAAAUGACCUGAUCCAACGGCUUGGGGGUAUUGGCCUCGAGAACCAGAUGCGGAUGUUCCAAACGGCAUACUCCAAGUAUAUUGUUCUUAAGGUGAAAGACCGAGGGAGCUUCAAUAUCGCGCACCUGUCCAAGUCUGCAAGCGACUUACUGCGGCUGAGUCGGGCGCAAGGAACAGCUGAACGAAUCAUGAACGAAGACAUCUUCAAAGUCCUCGCUGAACGCUCACCCUCAUCAUCGACUGUCAUGAAGUCAUACAAGAAGACAGUGACAGAUUUCUUGGGUCAGGGAAAGUCGGUGAGCGUGGACAUGGAGAUAGCAAUUGUGGAUAUCGCUCGGGGCACGCCGCCGACAUGGCCUGCAGUCAAGACAGAACGACGCCUAGUCAGUCACUGGACGCCUUGCAAGGACGAGGAAGGACGGGUAAAAUAUGUCGUGCUUAUCCUCGCGGAGACAAGGGAAUUGUAA